UUAGACCCCCCUCCCCUCCUCCCUGUAUGUUUUUGUUGGGGGAAAAGUUGUUGGUAGUUAGGUCGUGUGAAUGUAGCGUGUCCGUGGUUUUUAGCCCCUCGGUAACAAUGCGGAGGAAAGCGAGUUUUUUCCUUUUUUAAAGCCGGAGAGAAGCGAGCUUCUGAGCAGCGUUACGCCGCUUUACGUCCUCUGGCUCGGGCUGAAAAUCUCAGUGGCCAUCAUCGUUUCACCUCUGCCGUCUCGUUAGCCACCUAGCUCAUAGUGUGUUUCUGCUGGUAACUUCCAGCUUGGGAAAAAGACACCGUAGACAUGGCGGAAACCAAAAUAAUUUAUCACAUCGACGAAGAGGAGACGCCGUAUUUGGUGAAGAUUCCCAUUGCUGCCGAAAAUAUCACUUUGCUGGAUUUUAAACAGGUCUUGAACAAGCCAAACUACAAAUUCUUCUUCAAGUCUAUGGACCAGGACUUCGGGGUGGUGAAGGAAGAGAUUUCCGAUGACAGUGCCAAGCUGCCAUGUUUCAACGGAAGAGUGGUUUCAUGGCUGGUGUCUUCAGACACUCCGACAGCAGAGCCUCCAGUGGCCGUGGUCCCCCCUGUGGAAACACCUACCCAGCCUUCGCCUCCUCCUCCGCCCCUCCCACCCCCACCUGCAGAGAGGACCGGGGGCAUCGGGGAUUCCAGACCGCCCUCCUUCCAUCCCAAUGCGACCGGCAGCGUGGAGACCUUGGACGACCAGACUGAAACGGAGUCUGUAGUUUCCUUCAGGAGGGAGAGGCCUCGGCACAGAGAGACCCUGGAGCCACACGGGCCUCGUUUGAACGGCCAGAGUCGCCUGGAGCGCCACCUGGCAGGGUACGAGAGCUCCAGCACAGUGAUGAGCAGCGAGCUGGAAACCACCAGCUUCUGCGACUCCGAGGACGACGACACCAUGAGCAGGUUCAGCAGUGCAACAGAGCAGAGCACAGCCUCUAGGCUUCUUAAACGGCACCGCAGACGCAGGAAACAGCGCCCCCCACGCUUGGAGAGGGCCUCCUCCUUCAGCAGUGUGACUGACUCCACCAUGUCCUUGAACAUCAUCACCGUCACUCUAAACAUGGAGAAGUACAAUUUCCUGGGAAUCAGCAUUGUGGGCCAGAGCAACGAAAGAGGAGACGGAGGCAUCUACAUCGGCUCCAUCAUGAAGGGAGGAGCUGUGGCUGCAGACGGACGUAUCGAGCCCGGUGACAUGCUGCUGCAGGUGAAUGACAUCAACUUUGAGAAUAUGAGUAACGAUGAUGCCGUGCGGGUGCUGAGGGAGAUUGUACACAAGCCGGGGCCCAUCAUCCUCACAGUGGCUAAGUGCUGGGACCCUUCUCCUCAGGGCUACUUCACUCUGCCUCGCAAUGAACCGAUCCGACCCAUUGACCCAGCAGCGUGGGUGAGCCACUCUGUGGCCAUGACCGGGGCCUACCCGCCCUUCCCAGGCAGCUCCUCGCUCAGCACCAUCACCUCUUCUUCCUCCGUCACCGAGACUGAACGUUUCGAUGACUUCAACUUAUCACUGCACUCUGACAUGGCAUCCGUUGCCAAGGCCAUGGCCUCGCCAGAGUCGGGUCUCGAAGUCAGGGACCGCAUGUGGCUUAAAAUUACCAUCCCCAACGCCUUCCUCGGCUCAGACGUGGUGGAGUGGCUCUUCCACCACAUCGAGGGCUUCCAGGACCGCCGUGAAGCCAGGAAGUACGCCAGCAACCUGCUGAAGGCCGGCUUCAUCCGGCACACCGUCAACAAGAUCACCUUCUCCGAACAAUGUUACUACGUCUUUGGAGAUUUAAGCGACUGUGAGAACUACAUGGCCAACCUGUCCCUGAAUGACAAUGACGGCUCCAGUGGGGCCUCAGACCAGGACACCUUGGCCCCCCUGCCUCUCCCCGGGGCCUCCCCGUGGCCCAUGAUGCACACCUUCCCCUAUCAGCCCUACCCGACACAUGCCUUCUCCAGCCAGCCGCCUCCGUACCACGAGCUCACCAGCUACAGCUACGCCCCCGGCAGCACGGGCAGCCAGCACAGCGAAGGGAGCCGAAGCAGCGGCUCGACGAGGAGCGAGGGCGAGCGCCGUCGCAGCACUAAAGGUCCCGGCAGCACCGUGGGGGGAGGGGAGAAAUCCCCCUCUGGCGGUGGCGGCGGCGGAGAAGGCGCCGACUCCCGCUCCGGCAGCGGCAGCGAAUCGGAAUACUCCACCCGCAGCAGCCUGAGGCGCGGCCACGGCUCGGCCGCCCCCAGCGAGCACAGCCACGCCUCCUCCCAGCGCUCGCAUCAUCACCGCAUCCCCCAGCCGCCCCACAUGUCCCCCUACCCGCCGGGGAUCCUGCCUUACAACCCCAUGAUGGUGAUGAUGGUCCCCCAGCACCCACACCCCGCCAUGGCGGCCGCUCACGCUCUUCCUCACGCGCAGCAGAUGGCCACAGCACCCAUGCACCCGGCUCUAGGCCCGCCCCCCUCCUCCACCCCGGGGGGGCCUCCUGGCGCCCCGCCCACCCGUGACCUGGGCUCCGUUCCCCCGGAGCUGACUGCAUCACGCCAGUCCUUCCACCUGGCCAUGGGAAACCCCAGCGAGUUCUUUGUGGAUGUCAUGUAGUUGGUUUUUUUUCUGUCUUGGUGUUUGGUGACCAGUCAUGUGAAGUUAGUGUACGGUUCCCACUUGCUUUGACGAGGAUAGCUUUCCGAGCACACAAGGGCCUAUUGGAUUGAGGGCACUUGUUACAAAUUUGGUCAGAACAGGGUUUAAUGUUGACAAAGAAAAUGAGACAAAAUAAAAACAAUUAACGGUCUGACUAUGUCUCUUCAAAGUCUAGAUUCUCUCAUUAAAAUCCACUACAUAACAGUUAUUUUACCAUCCUAAAUACAAAAAGACAAGCUCUACUUCCUUAUCUCAGCAGUGAGCUUUUUUUUUCUCAGAAAGCACAAGAUUGUAAUUGCUUAUCAGAGCUGUGCUGCACUAUGGUUUUUUCAAUCCUCAAACCCGAAAUAUAACCUUUUUAGGAGGGUAAACACUUUCCUGAAUGAGCUACGAAUGUCAGAGCUGUUCAAUGUCAGGAAGCUCACGGACCACAGUUUGACACUAGAGGGCGCCAGGUACACGUGUACUUGAAAAGGAUUCAAUCCUGUAUGAAUAUCUGGAUCACCAUGGCAGUUGUCGGCAGCACAGGAGUAUGUUGAGUGCCUUACUCUUUGCGUUCUUAGAGACGUUUUCACACUCCAGGUACACAAAACAAAUCGUUCCAGCAUUGUUUGACAAUGACCUUCUCUGUAUAUAUCUACUACUCUUAUGUAAAUGAAACAAUACAGAACAGCAAGCUCUAAUGUGAAAAGAAAAUAGGUCCAAAAAUGUCAGGUGAACUUUAGUUAUCACUGUCUAGGCCUAGUCGUCAAAUAACUCUUAUUGUGAGGAGUUUUCGGUAUGGGACUGUAGAGGCUUAACGGUACUAAUAGGUGACAAGACAAGAUGCUGAAAGCGGUAUUUUAUGAUUUACAUACAGUGUAUAUCUUAAGUUACUGUGAUCCAAAUGCCCCAUGCUUAUUUUUAUGUUACUGACUCGCAUUAUUCACCCAUUUUCAUUUUUGUAUGAGUGACUAUAUAAAUCAUGUAUAACCGAACUAUUAAGGUGCUAAAUGAAGAUUCAACAUUUCAAAAAAAAAAAGAAUGACAUGGACAGUGUCACAUUGUUUGAUUUCAUAUCGCCACCUUUGUUUGUGUA